UUUCUGCCAGUGAUUUCAGACGAGGUACGAUACGCAAAGGGGAUUUACUACGCCAAUCUGCGCCGGGGAAGCUGUCGGCAGUAGGUAAGAGGUUUCACUCCGGGAGGACCGACCCGUGACAUCGGUGGUUGGAGAAGCACCUUUGCGUAAUUACGCCGGUUUCCUCUCUACACAUCCGUCUGCCUGACCUGAACAAGGUUCAUGUGUUUCCUUUCUCCUGCCUAAACUUUCCAGUGCUGUGUGCCAUGUCUCUGCCACGCACACUUGGGGAGUUGCAGCUGUACCGGGUGCUGCAGAGGGCCAACCUGCUGGCCUAUUAUGAAACCUUUAUCCAGCAGGGUGGCGACGACGUGCAACAGCUCUGUGAGGCAGCGGAGGAGGAGUUUCUGGAGAUCAUGGCACUAGUUGGCAUGGCCACCAAGCCACUGCAUGUGCGUAGGCUGCAGAAGGCCCUCCGAGACUGGGCGGCGAACCCUGCCCUUUUCAGCCAGCCUGUCGCUAACGUUCCUCUCGGGGGCAUCCCGCUGUUCAAAGUUGAUGGGACGAGCCCAAGUGGAUCAGCGGGUGGGCCCAGGAAGUCUGUGAGCAAUGGGCAGCCGGGAUCCCCCUGUGAAAGAGAGGAUCGGGCGUGUCUUACUCCAAUGCACAGUGGGAGUCCAAGAAGCCCCUGCUCUCAGGCCUCUCCGCAACCACCAGACACACACUACAGGGAAAAACUGUCACCCAUGGACCCACACUGGCUCAGCCCAGAGCCUGAUGGGAACUGCAAUUUGACUUCUGCAUCUGGAAUAGAGGAGGAGCCGCCCAGCCCGCCACUGCUGUCAACAUGUCCUCCUGGUCCCUCCACAUCUCCGAGCCCGUCUGCGUCUUUUGCCCCGGCGACCCUGUCGGCCUGGCCAGGAGGGCAGCUGGAUGGGGAGACAGCGAGGGCGGUGGUGGAGAGCGUGGAGAGGCUCCUCAGGACCCUGCCUAGGUCAGACCCCGCAGAGGUGAAAACUCUGCUGAGGCUGAACAAGAAGAUGGCAAAGACUGUAGGGCACAUCUUCAGAAUGGGGUCCCAGGAUGUGAACAAGGAAGAGGAGAUCCGGAAAUACAGUCUCAUUUAUGGACGCUUUGACUCCAAGAGGAGAGAAGGCAAGCAGCUCACACACCAUGAGUUGAUCAUCAAUGAAGCUGCAGCCCAGUUCUGCAUGCGCGACAAUGCCCUUCUGCUGAGACGGGUGGAGCUCUUCUCUUUGGCUCGGCAGGUGGCGAGAAAAUGUGCCUACACCUCCACACUAAAGCAUGCAAGGACAAAUGCAGAUGAGAACAGCAUACUGUCCCCAAAGAGAGCGAGACAUGAGAUAAUCGUACCUGAGAGCGUGUCGUCGCUUCUUGGGGUAGAGGGAUCCGAGGGCUUGACUCAGAGGGCAGACGAUGACAGCUUAUCUGCAGAAAGCCUGGACGGUGUAUCACAUGACAUGGGCUCACAGUGCAACCAGUCUCCGUCCCCCCGUCCACACACUGACACCUCCAACCCCGCCAGCUGGAGUCGCCAUCUCAUACAGCAAACGCUAAUGGACGAAGGGCUGCGAUUGGCUCGGAUGGUGUCACACGAUCGGGCGGGAAAGAUCAGCCUAGGGUCAGAUGGAACUCACUCCACAGACCAUGACAGUAAAGUGGAGAGGCAGAGCUCGAUAACAGCGAUCAGGAGCAGUAGCCCUUGUGUCACCAAAGAUGACUCCAACCAUCGGGGGAAAUGAAACCCUCACUGGGCAAUCAAGGAACUUGUGCUCGGUCCUGCCAGUGAACUCCACUCAGAGACUUUGACGUCUGAUGGAGAAAAGACUCUUUCUGGACAAAAGACUACAAAAUCAAUACAUUAAAUGUGAGACUUUACCAGCGACUGAUACCGUGAAUCUGCAGUGGCUUCGAAACCUUCAAGUUGUGAACGAAGCUCAAAAUGUUCUCUUUUUAUUUUAUAUUCAGUAAAUACAUAAGGGAAA